AUGGCUCUACCCUCCAACUCCGGCCCCAACUACGGUCACAAUUCCGGCCCCAACUACGGUCACAACUCCGGCCCCAACUACGGUCACAACUCCUGCCCCAACUACGGUCACAACUCCGGCCCCAACUACGGUCACAACUCCGGCCCCAACUACGGUCACAACUCCGGCCCCAACUACGGUCACAACUCCGGCCCCAACUACGGACACAACUCCGGCCCCAACUACGGUCACAACUCCGGCCCCAACUACGGUCACAAGUCCGGCCCCAACUACACCGGCCCCAACUAG